AUGGCCGUGGAAGGCCUCUUCCACCAGCUCUUCUUCCUCGAUGCGACGACGCCUGCGACCGGUACCAUUGCCCGGGAGAAAGCCGCCGCGACCGACCAUGACCACGCCACGGGUCGUGCGAGCGGCUUCUUUGCGGAGCCGAGCCAGCGGAACGUGCAGUGGCACCAGGAUGAAGAGGUGUUGCCGUCUGGCUUCCUGGACCAUCAAAGCCAUGCGUCCUGGGAGCCUCCGCUGCAUCCGCAGCUGAAACCGUGGCUGCCCGGUGGCGACGCGGCGGAGCUGUCAGAGGAUCUGCCCGACCUCGGUGAGCACCGUGCGGUCUACUUGGAUGAGGAAGCAAGGUUGCCGGCGAUGCCGUCCACGGUGGCCUGGCUUUGGCCCUCCGUCGAGGCCCUUGAAUCUCGGGCUGCCUGGGACGGCUUCCGCGCCCAGCCGAGCCCCGGAAGCGACGCCCACGUGGCGCGCAGCGCGUUUUGGGCCCUGCAGGGGGUUGGAUCGCAGCUCUUUCAGGUGGACCAGCUCACCGAUCACGUGCGCUUUGCCCCAGCUGAACCGGGGGGUGUACCCCGAGCCGGGGUGCUGGAGCACACACUGAUGCGUCACUGGGCGGCUUGCUGCACCGGAUGCUUGCGCUUGAGGCGCAUUGGUGAGGACUUGCGCUCCAGCUCCAGCCGAUGCUCGCAGGCCUUGGGUGAAGUUUUGAAGGAGCUCCUCAUGGCCGUCGACCAAGACAUCUACCAGCGGGUGCGGCCUGAUGCGAGGAGGAGCAGCUUCCUGAAGCUUCACGUGGCCGCCGAUCGAUGGUUCCGGCGCUUGCAACCGGUCUUGGCGUUGUGCGGCGUGAACGAUGCGGUGCCCGACUCGCCCCUGCCCGAAGGCGUGGAACUCUUGGAACACAUUUUCACCUCGUGCCGUGUGCAUGAGAUUUCGACCACCACCUUCCAAGCCACAUCUCAUGAGCUGCCAUCGCUGUUCUCACCGCACGAGACCAUCUUGCUUUGGACCUUCCAGCGCACCAUGCAACCCUUCCUGGACGGCUUGUCGGCCUGGUCGCAGUUCGGGACUCCAUUGCCCAGGGAGUUCCAGUCUCCCUCCGGCGGGAUGAAGUUGCCUCGGUUCCUGGCGUCGCUGGACGUUGAACUCCAGGGCCUGGCUCCCAAGCUUGCCAUCCUCAGCUCCGCCGCCACGGCAGCGGGCGCCGUCGCCGUCCGCGCCGCCGUCCGCGGUCCACCGGUGCCGGAGCUGCGCGCGGGUGCAUUCUUGGCCGCGGAGGGGCGCGAAGUGCGGGCCUUCCUGGGCGGAGCACAGGAAGAAGCGGAGGCUCCCGGCGACCCCAGCUGCUUGGCGGUCUUGGUGUCCCUCACCGAGCCACCGGUGUGGCCACCGCCCGCGCCCGAGCCGCCCGAGCUGGUGUGGCCACCGGAGGAGACUGCGGAGGUGAAGGUGCCGGACACCGCCAAAAAGCCGGCCGUUCCGCCGCCGGUGCAGACGGAGGAAGAACCCCGCGCGGCGACUCCGCGGUGGGCGACUCCGCGGACACCACGGACAGCACGGCCUUUCACUCCCCGUGUGACACCUGAAGAGGCUGCCAGGCGCAAGCAGCAGGAGGAGCUGAAGCUGGCGCUGGACGCGCAGGUCGCCGAGAAGCGACAGAUUGAUGAAGAGAAGAAGCAGCUUGAAGCAGAAGAGGAAGCCAAAGAACGCUUUCUGUUGGAUGUGGGCGAUGAAUUCUUGGAGGAGGCGCGACAGAGGAUUCUGGAUGAGCAUGAGAUGCAGCAGAGGCAGACGGAGCAGGAGUCCCGGUUGAUCCGCUGGAACUUGGAGCGCUUCAAGCGGUCGCAGCAGCUGGUGGAGCUGUGGACACGUGAAGCUGAGUUUUAUGCUGAAGAGCUGAAGAGCCUGGCGCCACAAAUGGAGCCGCAGGCGGCUUCAUGGGGACCUGUGGUCAAUCCCUGGGCACGAAGAAGCGAGGACAUCCAUCCAGAAUCGAGGCCUGGCCUCACUGUUUCAGCCAUUGCUGAAACGGCCGAAACGGCAGAGGAGUUUGCUGUGGACCAGAUCUCAAGGGGAAGAGGAUCGGACGUUCCAUCGGAGAGAGAUCCGGAGCACCGAGAAGAAGCUGAUCAGCCAAGACCAGAAGAGCCACCUCUGGAAGAGCCAGAAGAACCCGAGGAUCAGAUGGAAGAUCCACCUCAGGCAGCUCAGGAUCAGAAUGAUCACACCAUCCUGAACGCAGUGCUUCCAAACCUAGAUCCAGAUGGGUCAGAUGCAGGUGAUUCAGCAGGCUCUGGAGCUUCUCCAGUUGAAGAUGACGCUCUUGAAGCAGGUGAUCCUUCACCCGCGACUGCUGGCCGCCCUUCCCACCCAGCUGGCCAGCCCUCAGUGCAAGAGCUCCUGGCGCCGACCGAUCCUCCGGUCGCCCCGACCGACCCUCCGGUCGCCCCGGGUCCCGCCGGACCGGCCGCCGCUGCCGGUGCGGCCGCGGCGGCUGAAGAGGCACAGUGGCGGCAGGUGUUGCGGCAGGUGCGGCGGCACCUCUACGCUGCGUGCUGUGCGCGGCUGGCGCGGCAGGCGGCCCUGGCGCCGGUGGCGGAGGUGGAUCUGGGCGACUUCUUCAAAGGGCUGACUGAGGCGAAGCGCCAGGAGGAGACCGGAGACGCAGCGAGACCGGAGACCGGGCGACGUUCGGCGUAUUCCUGGCGGAUUGCGACGGAUGUGCUCGAGGCCCAGCAACUGGGCUCCAGACCCUUGGAGGUGGCUCUGGAGAGCUGCCUGCUCCGUCCGUUGAGGAAGCAGUCCCAAUGGGUGGACGCGAAGGUGGUCGAACAGGUGUUUCAGCUGAAGUUGGUGAAACGCAUCGACCUGCUCCGGCGCGUGUUGCUGAUGAGCGAGAGCCGCCUGCUGUCGCCCUUCCUGGUGGAGGCGUUGUCUUUGGCGCGCAUGGCCGGUUCUGGCCCUGUGCCCGGGGCGAACGGAGACCAGGCCGAGCUCCAGCGCACCGAAGCGGCUCUAAACGGCCUCUUCCAAUCGUUGGUCCCUCUGUCGGGGGAGGAGGAAGCCUUCCUCAGCGGUCUGUCGUUGCAUUUGGCGACAUCACCAUCUCCCCUAGGACAUGGGCCCGUACGCUUUCUGGACGGCAUCAGUUUUAGCCUGAAGCUGGACUUUCCCAUGAGCCUCUUCUUCGAGGAGCCCAUCAUGUUGCAAUAUUCCAGGCUGUUUCGCCUCGUUGCUUUGGUGAAUCACGUGCUCGAAGGUCUCAAGUCCAGUUGGUUCUUCUUGUCGUUGCGGCCAUCAACCACUGCUACCCUAGGUCUGGAGAUGCGCCUCGUGGCGGCCGUCCGGCAGCGGCUUCACCACUUCGCCGGCACGCUGCACCGGUAUUUGUUGCUGGACGUGAUCGCUUCGGAGUUCCGGCGCAUGGAGGCGAAGAUGCAGCUCGCGACUGGGCUGGAGCAGAUCUUCUCUGCGCAGAGGAGUUGCCUCAUGCAGUGCCUGGUGAAGUCCUUCCUGGACGGGGCGCAGGAAUCCCAGGAGGCCUUGGCGGCGGUGGUCGGGAUCUUGAGCCAGGCCCUCCAACUGCAAAGCCUUCUCGACGAGGUGGGCUCGGUGAAGCGCUUCCCGGCCUGGGUGAUGCGUCGGCUGCAGGGAAUCCAUGUGGGCUUUCAAGAGCUCAGGACGACGCUCCGCGCGUGUCGACCAGGCUUCGCCCCGGAAGAGGCAGAGGACUUUUUCGAGGCAUGGCUGCUUCAAUGGUCGCGCCACUGCGACCAGACCAGCGCCGGAGUGGAAAAGACGUUGUACUCGCGGCGGAUGUGCGUGGCCGUGCCAGUGGGUCGGGAGGAUGGGGAGAUCGGACGUUCCGGAACCACGGCUCCCGCGACUGGCCUGCCAGCUGCGGACAAAGUCUUGCCGCUGCCAUCAGAGGUGCCCCCACAACCCAAGGCGAUUCCGCCCAAGCCCCAGGGCCUGCUGGGCAAAGCCAAGGCCUUUGGCAAGGACAUGGUGAUGAAUGCCGUGUCGGAGUUCUUUGGCAGUGCGGGCGGGAAGGGUGACCCGGACGUCGGCAGGCAAUGUGCGGAGCUCUAUGGGCUCUUCCAGAGAAAGAACAUCAUGGAAGCGCCAACGGAUGCUGUACUCCGCAUUAACCGAGGAGCUCCGAAGGGGCUCGCAGAUUUGGAGGAUGACAAGGCGCCUGGUGGGCUCUUCCUUCAACACACAGCCUCACAUCAGUGGUACCAUUGCUUCAUCUUAGGCAAAAAGGAGGAUGCACAAUUGCAGUGUGUGGCCAUGGACCCCGACGAGCUCUUCCGUGCCAAAGGCAUCUGUGGCGCGCAGGCGUGUGACUUUGACCGAAGCACCUUCAAGACGGAAUGCCUGACCAGGGUCAUUGGCUUGGUCGGUCGACCUCAAUGCGUUUACGUGGGGCACCACAUGGAGCUGCACCCAAAGGACAUCAUGGGGAAGCCCGUGCCUUACUCCGUGUACAUCCUCAGCUGCCCUCCCUUGCCGCCCCCUCCAGUGAAAUGCGCCAGUCGCAGCAUGCGGGGUGCGGCGUUUCUGGAGGCGAAAGAGACGCGGCCGAUGACGACCUUGGUGCCGGUGCGGGACUCCUUUCGAGUCUCUGCUCUGGGCUUGGGCCUCGAGAUGAAGCCACAGCUGGGUGCUCAGGCGGACUCCACCAAGCGCACGGGCCCGGCACACUCCUUCGGCACCGCCAAAGGCGGCGUGAAGGUGUUCAUCUCGAAGAAGCUGGCCAAGUCCAAGGCGUCCAUUUUCUUUGAGACGUUUUUUGGGAAGUUCAGUGGGUGUUGCCGGGUGUUGCCUGGUGGCGUGGAGGGUCGAGGUGAUUUCGAGAUCGGCGUGGGCACGCCUGGCCCGGUCUACCACGUGCCCUCGACGGCUCCUGGGGCCGAAAUCACCGCGAUUGGGCGCCGUCCAGAGAGAUGCCGUUGCGAUCCGUUGCGCAUCAACGCGUCGUUCACACUUCGAGACUUCGUUCGAAGCUUGAAGCUUGAGAAAAACGCCCAUCGGCGCUGCCACCGAUUGGCGAAAGAUUGGCACAAUCGCCAGGUGGGCGCUGCGCCCAGCUUCUCGUUCGGCAGCGAUGAAGCAAGGAAGCAUCCAUCUGCCAAGUAUCCCGACUCCAGCGUGGACCUCACCAGCUCGGCUUCUCAGUCGCCACAGCGGCGCAGAAGCGAAGCCCAGGGCGCGACGGUGGACACGCAAAAGGUGAAGUUCCACAGUACUCCACAAGUCCACCUGGGUUCUGAGGAUCGCUCGAGCCUGAAGAAUGCAGAGAUCCUGCGGACGAACGCGGAGCUUGCCAUGGGCAUGGAAUCACCCUCAGCCCUGGAGUACUUUCCCAAGGAGAUCCACAAGACGGUGCUCGGAGACCCCAGCCGCGGAUGCGGAUCGCGACACGCGGCGAGUCCUUUGCGGUCUGCGAAGACGGAUGAGGAGCUGCGAGCUCUACCGGAUCGCACCGGGCCGGCGUACUCCUUUGCCUCCAAGAUGAGGAAGCCGAAAGAGGAGACCAGGGUGCAGACGUUGCAGCUUGGAAGUCCCAGGACCUUGGGCCCAGGAGCGGUCGGUUGGACGAGCGACCCUGGCUCCGGAGGCUCCCAUGCUCCGGCCACCUCGCUGGGCAACCAGCCCACCAGUCCACGCCGCACCGCGCCGGCCCGGGGGACCGGAGAGGGGCCUGUCGGAGGCUUUGAGGAGGUGGGCACGGUGGGCACGGUGGGCACCUCCACCGGCCUGGUCGAUGAGCGGGAAGAGCCCCCGCCGACGGAAUUGCUGGCCAUUGAAGACAAAGUCUUCAGCUCCAUCGGAAAACAGGCCAUCCUGGUCCAUCGUGAGGGACUGAUUAAGCUGUGGUGGGCCGAUGGGCUUUUCACAGCUGGAGGUCUUGAGCACCAUUCGUUCCCCUCCGGGCGUUGGGGUGGCCAAGAGCACGCGGGACCAGAGCAACAGGAGAGCGGUUGGGAGCUCGAGACGGCGCUCUAUGUGUCCGACAUGGACCGCCCGGCGAUGGGGCCGAAGCCCACCUUCCACAUGGACCUCCCGGCCCGGGGCCGCGAAGGGCGGGGCUGGAGUCUGGUGGAGUCGGGGCUGGAGUCUGGCACAGUGCUGGGCGGACUUGAGUCGAAACGGUGUUCCCCCUAUCCAUGA